AUGUUCCCGAACGCCUUCCAAGUCGCAGCCUUAGUGGUAGGCCUCAUGGCAGACCGCACAACGCUGGGGGGCAGCCCUCCUGACCGGGGAGAGCUGCUGGAAGUACAAGACCUGGUGCGAGCCGGGGGACGCCUGCUCCUUGGGGGACGACGCUCGAGAGACUGGACGAGGACACACCACGCCACUGAUGCAGCAGAGGCGGCAGCUGAGAUGAUGGAGGAAAUCCUGCGCCACGGGGGACUGGGGAAGUACCCGGACGACCAGCUCGCGACCCUGCAGAACCUUCUCGCAGCAGCAGCAGAUGGGGUCCACGUGCUGGUCGGCAACUACCCGCACACAGGCGAAGCAGAGGGGGUGAGUGCCGCUGCGACGCACCCCGCGGACGUCAUCGCGCUGGCGACAGGGGGACGAGAGACAACGACCAGACAACAUGCAGCGGGGGGACCGCAGGCCAUCCAUGUCUACAGGGCCAAGCGGAAACUGCGGCAGCUGCAGCCCUUCCUGACGGGGGAGAUGCAGGCGAUGGUGAACAUCGCCGUCAUGCACCUGCACCAGUGGACCACAGAGCACUGGGGGGACGAGGUCGAGCUAGUGGAAGACUCGGCACCGGAGCAGCCAGAACCACAAGAGGGGGUUGCAUCGGAAACAGCGGGAGGUGAGGAGAUGAAAGAAGGAGAAGAGCCCGACGAGGAGGACCUGGAGGAAGCGGAGGAACCAGAGGAAUUGGAGGAGCCCAGGAGCAGAACUUCGGUUGAAGCUCCGAAUUUCCUUUCAGAGACGUUCCAGGAAGUCCAGACCAGAUCUGAAGGGCAAAGUGCGCAGAUAGCAGAGGCCCAGGCAGCGGCAGAGGACAUGGAGCGUGGCGAUGACACUGAGAACGAGAAGGGGAAAGAGCAGGAAAGCACGGAUGAAGAGGCUGGAGGCGACGCAGAGGUCGCAGAGGAUGCAGAGACUGCCAAGCCGCCUGUGCUCGCGGAAGUACCAGAGACGCCAGAGCAGGCCGGGAGUUCGACAGCGAUGUCGGGCGAGCACCAGAACCCGGACCAUGAAGAGAAUGAAGACAUUCGGUCCCGAAUGCAUUUGGAAGGAUCACACGAUGACACAGGGCUGCAUGCCGAAGAACAGAAAGACAAGGACUCGCCCACGUCCAGCCACAGCAGCUGUCCGUCCAAGCAGUCUGGAAGAGGACUUCCUCCUUCCUUUGUGGAGUCAAAGCCAGACGAGAGCCCUGUCUGCAGCGAGACCGAGAGUAUUCAGCCAAAGACUGCGAUGCCCUACAUCUCGCGUGACAACUCCAGACCGGCUUCUGCAUCCUCACCAUCCGGCACGGUGCGCCAUGAGCUGGAAAAGACGUACUCCCUCGAGAACGAAGCGCUCAGCACAACAGCUGGCCAUGCUGCCAACGUGCCUGGUCCGUCACCCCGAGGCGAAGCUCCUUGCAAAGAGACCAGCUCCAAGUGCGAAAAGAUCCAGAAGACACGGAAGCCACCCCUACCUCACGAUGCGCUCAGAGCACAGGCGAAGAGUAUCACAAGCAGGGCCAACGAACUUGAGUACGUGGGACUUGACCCAAAGUUGGUCGAGACUGGUGCAAUCAGGAAGUACCAUGAAGUGUUCCAAAACUUCACCGACAUCUUUAGCUGGGGACGAUCCCAGGAGGUGGUGCCCCAGAGGGAGCGAUAUCUUCGCGAGUCCCUGCAGUUGUUCUCUCAGUUCUGUAACAUCAUUGGUUCCUUGGAAGUGCAGUUUGCCACGAAGUUUGGUCCGGCUGAUCACUCUACGCCCAAUGCGACACACCAGGCCUUGAACGCAAUGGCCUCUCGUGGUGCAGGGCUCUACGGUGUCUUCCUGAAGGGCAUUAUCGACAAGAUGGAUGCCGACGCCUGCACUGUGCCUAGACCACUGCCAGUCGAGACUGAUGUUUACUCGUUGCGUUACUACAAGGUCGUGCAGAACCGCACGGAGGUUUACGACAUUGUGACCCGCGUCUUCCACCGGAAGGAUGGUUGGGAGGAACUCCCGCAUGGACUUGGUCUUUCCAACGCCUGGAACCUGUGCUGGACAUGGAGCAAACCAAAACUGGACUACUCUCGUCUGUGUGUCUGGCAGAAGGUCAAUCAUUUUCCCGAGAACAAGCACUUGACUCGCAAGGACUUUCUGAAGCGAUGCAUCGACAGGUACACGAGAACAGGUGGAAAGUUGGGUCAGUACUUCAACAUCUGUCCCAAGACCUUCGUACUUCCGAAAGAGUAUUGCCUGUUCAUUGAGUGCUUCACCAAGAUCGCUGAGGAGAACGGUGAUCUGGAAGGGAGUCUGACUUGUCAUUCUGAUUAUAAGGGGAUUCCACAUGACCCUGUGGCUGCGACCUUGGCCACCUCCGCCUUGGAGGCCUACGAGGAGAGUUUUGGGUACCUGGUUUUGCCAGAUGGCUUCGGAACCGGAAGCAAGAAGCCGGGAGAGGCGCCCUUGGGAGCAGAGGGCCUUGAUGGAUCCGCCGGCCCAGCCGGACCUGCUGGGCGAAAGUUCGCCGACUACCGCAUGGAGGCUGCGCCUAAAUGGGACGGAGAGAAGCCAGAAGAGCAGUAUCGCGAGUAUGCCCGCGCGUUGCGGCUUUGGCUUAUAGAGGCCCGGGAAAGACUGCCAGAGAGCCUCAUCGGGAAAAGAAUCCUGGACUCGAUUCCCUACGGGUCCCGGUUGUCUUCAGUCCUUGCUCACCUGAGUGUUGAGGAGAUUACCGCCCCGGAUGGAUGGAAGCGAGUGGUGGCCUGCAUCGAGGAGGCUCAUGGGUACCUGAAGGUGGCAAAGCUCGAGCAGGCUUUCAAUGCGGCCAUCUUCGGUGGCAGGAGGAAGCAAGUACGGGUCCUCACCAACGGGGCGAUUGACUUCCGCCUCGUGGAGACAGCGAUCAGGAAGAUUUUCAACGACACGCUGGACGCCGUCCCAGAUGGCAAGAAGUCUUACUGGUGGGACGAGUACGAGGGAGAGGACUGGUCGGAGGAGACGGACGUGUACUACGGGGACAUGCCGGCCGAGCCCUACCUGUUCGACGAGCUCAUGGAGAUGGAAGCGGAUGGCGAGAUCUACCUCUGCCUGGAGGGGCCUCUUCCAGCUAUCCUGGAGGAGUCAGAAGCAGUGGAGUAUGCUGGGGACUUGAUGAGCUAUGUGUACGGCGAGACAGCAGACCGGUGGCAGGCCAAGUCGAAGGGCAAAGGCAAGAAGGGCAAGGGGAAAGGAAAAGGUCGGGGAAAGAUCCUGGAAAAGGUCAUCGUGGCUUCGGUGUCUACGGGACCUAUGCCGAUUACCGGAAGGCCCUUCAAGAUGCCCGAACGGCUCGUGGAUUUACCAGUAGCGGGUGGGUCACUGGUCACGAGAAUGCCCACAAAGACGCGCCAACCACCUUCGGUGCCCACGCCGCGGCGGACUUCGCCAGCUCCGCGAGGACGGGCAACACAGGUGGAGUACCUCGGCUGA